AUGGAUGAACGACUGAAAUGGUUGGAGACACGAGUAAGCUCGUCAUUGCGACCUCGAAAUGAGGACUUGAAAAAUAUGUUUACCCAUGAUGACAACAGCAGUUCAAGUUACACGUGGACAUGUGGAGGGCCAAUUGUCCUAAAUCUGCCAUCCAUUGAAGUUUUAGCAGAAAUGACUGGGUUACCCAAUCGCAGAUCAGCAGUGCUGCAUGUCUUGGAGACAACAGUGAUUGGGUGGAUCAAACAAAUCAAGGGCGUUUUAAAACAUGACCCACAAGCAGACCUUACAAGGCAAGCAGGCAGUGAACCUGGUCCACUGGAUGAAGUGAAAAUGUGGGAAAACCACCUUGGACGACUUCAUUCUAUUGAAGAACAGCUAAACACUUCAGUUGCCAAAGACAUUCUACACAACCUUGAACAGGCAGACUCACAAUAUGCUCAUUCUUUCCGUGCUGUGCGCAAGGAUAUUAACAAGGCUGCGACAGAGACACGCAAAAUUCUGAGAUUCUUAGAGACCAUGCGUCCCUGGUUCCAGCGGUUACAUGAUGCAACUGACCCUAAAGAGAUGCUGAAGCUGUUCAAACCCCUUAUGACUGUUCUGAACCUAGUCUGGAUGCAGUCAGUUUACUAUCACCAACCUGACAAGUUCCACAACCUGUUGCAUCUCCUGUCCAAUGAAGUGGUUCAUCAAGCCAUUGCUUUGGUGGGUGAAGAUAUUCUUCGAGAACCUCUGGAGUCAUUUACCAAGCUGAAAGCCCUUAGAGUUUGUGCUGCAUUCAGAGGAACCUACUUAGACUUUAAGGACAAAGCAGAUGACAGGAAUGCUAAAAACAUUGCUGAAAAUGCUGAACGGCUUGCUGCACGACCAUCUGGAACCCUGUUCACCACAAAGAUGUAUGGCCCUCAUGCAUACAAACCACGCUAUGGGUUACCUACUCUUGAUGCAGAAAGCAGCAGUGCCUCUGAUGAAGAUGAUCUCAUGACAGACUCUCCAUGGCCUCCACGUAAUGCCCCCUGCUUUGAUCUGCUUAACAACUUCAUGGAAAGAUGUAACGAUGUGUUGGAGCUUGUUGAGACCACACGCCACUUUCGCCUGCUUGCUGGGGCAGCAGAGGUUGGGGGUGCAGGUAGCAUGAGUCUGGAUGCUAUGGUGAAGGAGAUUCAUCAGAAAUACACUCAAGCCAUGCAAGAUUUUUUUUCUGUUGUUGACAAUGUCUUGAGCAUAGAUGGCACUCAGUCAUUUGAACAAGCUUUUUUCAAGUUUCGCACCGUUGUCAAGUCUCUGGAGAAACGGCUGUCAGGCAUCUUGCGGCAAGCUUUCAUGCAGUGUCCCACCAUAGAAACACAGUUGCGACUGUUGGAAGUGUUUGAGGGUGUGAGUGGGCGGGAAAUGGUGCAGGCCCACCUAAAGGACAAGGACAAGCAGCUGGUGAUGAGCAUGACGGAAGAGCUGCAGGAAGUCCACAGCAUGUUCUCCUCCAUGUCCCUCAGCCCACCAAUGCAUAAAAAUAUGCCACCCAUUGUCAGUUGCCUUAUGUGGGUCUAUGGUCUUAAGCAGCGCAUCAAGAGACCAAUGGAGAAGCUACGUCAGGUCAGCCCACACUCUCUGGAAGGGGAUGCAGGGUGGCAGAUGAGAGAUCUGUAUUCUGACUGCAUGAAGGAGCUUGAUAAAUAUGAGCAUGAUGUCACCUCAGCGUGGCAGUCUGGGAUUACAGCUGAGCUGACCCUGCGACUCAAACAGCCCCUGCUUAUUUCAGAAGGUUUUGAUGAAGACGCUGAUGAACGGCCGCAGAUUAUCCAUGUGAACCUUGACCCCCAGCUGCUCCUGCUACUGCGAGAAGUGCGCCACCUCAGCCAGCCUCCGUUCAGCACACACCUUCCUCCACCUGCCAAAGAACUGCUGCGAAAUACCAAUUCAUAUGAACUGAGUGUGACAGCUGCAAGGCUGGAAACUGUUGUCUCUAAUUACAAUGCCAUCAUGCGCACUUUGACACCUUUUGAGAAACCCUUAUUUGAAAGAAAGCUGGCUCAAAUAGAUAUGCUGUUGGAACAAGGACUGCAACAUUAUACAUGGCGCAUGAAGGAGUCUGCAGACUUCAUUGAGUCAGCCAUGUCUCUGGUUUGUCUGGAUGUGCAUCAGAACCUAGACAUUGUGCAGACUGGUUGCCGUGACAUCGCAGCCAUCACCAUCUCGUGGUCAGGGGGGACACUGGAUGUGUUCUCAGCAAGACAGCCGAGCAUGUCCUAUUCUAUGGAGGAAUUAUUGGAGAUGCAGAAAAACUUAGAUGAUGAACAUGAAAAUCUGGUGGUUCCAUCAGGACACAAGAUCCACUCCAUUGUGCAAGCAUCCUUUGAGGUAGUACAGAUCAGUCAGGCAUCACCUGCAUGGCAGGACUAUAUUGACUACAUUGAUGCCAUUGUGCUUGAUGGUCUGAAGCAGUCAGCACUGGCUAGUCUGCGUGCUAUGCUCAACAUGCUUGUCCAUGCUAACUUGGUGCAGCUACAAGAUGAAGAGUUGCCAGUGUUGCCCAUUCUUACUAUCCGCUUGGAAUUGAUAGAAAACAAUGUAUCCUUCCGCCCACCGCUUGACCAGAUGUCUUCCAUUGUCAGCGUACAGGAACACGUUGCUGGUUGGCUGGCUGGUUUUGUUGCCAGGGGUCGCUUGGUCAAGAUGCUAGGAGCAAAGGGUGCAUAUGAAGAUUACAUCGCAGCUGAUGAGGAAGUGAAGCAGCUGCUGUCAAAUAUCACGAAACUUGUGGAGGAUAACGGAGAGGAAUGCAAGAAGCUGCUAGAUAUCUUCCAGGAGUAUUCCUUCCUAUGGCAGCAGGAUGUGAACCAGACUUUUGAGGCAUUUCUGUCAGGCAUGCUGACACCAAACCCACUCAGGAGUUUUACCCAGGAUCGAGUUGUGAAACAGGCAGCUCCACCGCCCACAGACAGAUCUUCAGAUGGGUCCAGAGUUUCUUCAGCAAAGAGUGCAACUUCAGCAAGGCAGGAUGAAAAUGCAGAACAGACUUUCCUCACACCCAAAGGAAUAUCUGAAGGAGAGAAGAACAAAAUGCCUUCACUUGAUGAGUUUGACAGAGAGAUUGGCAUGUACAAAACUGCAAGGGAUGAAAUCCAGGAACUGGAUGACUACCACUGUGUGGGUUGGCUGCGAGUGGAUCUGCAGCCUAUCAAACAGGUGUUGGCUACCUAUGCCAGCAAGUGGAUGUGGACUUUCACCAAGUACCUGUCUGACCAGGUCACUGCAAUGCUGGGAAAGCUGGAUAUAUUCUUAAAAAGAAUAGAACCAGAAAUUGAAAGCAUCACAGGGGAAGAACGAGACACAGCCAGCUUUAUGAAGAUGAUGCGGCUUUUCAAUGAGGUAUCAGCCCAACAGUCUGAGAUGGAUGGAAAGUUUUCAGCCAUGCAGCGCACAGUGCUUUUACUAAAAAAGUAUGGCCAGAUCCUACCUGACAAGACCCAGUACCUCUUCAGUGCAGCACCUAGCCGCUGGAGUAACCUUAAAACCAAGGUGUCGCUGGCCAAACAGAGGCUGGGGCCUCGAAUCCAAGAGGAAUCAGCUAGCAUUUCUCAAGAUUUGGAAGCAUUUGCACAGCGUGUCUUAGCACUUCAGCAUGAGUUGGAAAGCUCCAAUGUGUACAGCCGUGAGUGCAACCUUACAGAAGCAUACCUUCUGAUUGACAACUUCAACAAGCGGCUGCAGGUGCUGGAAAAUGAGGCACAGGACCUGAUUGAGCUUCAGGAACUGCUGGAAGCUUCAGUCGUUGAUUUCACCAUCUUGCCAUCCUGUCGUCAUGAGCUAAGUAAUCUGAAGCAAGUUUGGGAAACAGUGCGAAUAAUUGAUGAGCAGCAAUCGGAGUGGAAGCGCCAUCGCUGGCAAAAGAUGAACACCAAACUUCUGUGGGAGGAGACCAACAAACAGAUGGACAUCAUCAAAGCACUGCCUGAUGAUGUGCUGACCUGGGACAUGUACAUUGGCAUAAAUGAGUCCAUCACCACCAUCCAGGCUUGCCUGCCCUUGAUUGAUGACCUGCGAAAUCCAGCCAUGCGUACACGUCACUGGAAACAGCUAGUGCGGGUCACAGGUGGCGCCCUUACCAUUGAUAAUGAUACACUGAAGCGCAUGACACUCAAAGAGCUGCUUAGCCUUGGGCUACAGAAACAUGUAGAUGAUGUACGAGCCAUUGUCCAGCGUGCUGUGAAAGACUUAGCCAUUGAAAUGUCCCUCAAGACAUAUGAGGAGGUGUGGCUCAGCAAGAUAUUUGAGCUUCGACCUCACAUUGGCAACAAGGUGGUUGCUACAGAAGUGAUUCAGGACAAUCAGUCAGAGUACUCACAGAGUGAGGCAGGAGUUCCACAGCUGCAGGCACCAUCAGGGAGAGCAGGUGGAGUGCGAACGACUAGCCGGGUGUCCAAUCAGAGCAGUCACAGCAAGAACAAACGUAGCUCCAUCUCGUCAUUGCCUCAGUCCCUUCUGAACUUAGGGGAGGACUCAGGAACUCUCAUGCUGUUGACCAAUACAGAUCCCAUUUUUGAAGAGCUGGAACACCAUCAGGUGACGCUGCAGGCCAUGCAGAGUAACUCUUCUGCUGGCUCCUUGGAUGAGGUCCUGAAAUGGCAGAAGCGUCUUCAGACCAUUGAGGCGGUUCUGACUGUCUGGCUGGAAGUCCAGGAGAAGUGGGUAGAGAUGAAAGAGGUGUAUAGUGGAGCUGAUGUGAGAGCAGCCUUGUCAAGUGAUGCCAACCAUUUUGCGAUGGUCAACAAGGACUUUCGCCUCUUGAUGCGAGCCACAGAGAGGAACCCAAAUGUGAUGCAGUGCUGUUCCCGUAAAAAUAUUCUUAAGAUCUUGGAGCACAUGCAUGGCAGUCUUGAAAAAUGCAGAAAAUCUCUUCUGAACCACCUGGAGCGCCGACGUCAGAUCUUCCCCCGCCUCUACUUCCUCUCCAUGGAGGAUGUCCUGCACAUUAUAUGUAAUGGAUACAGCCUGAGCCAGGUGAACAUGUACAUCAACAAGUUGUUUGAGCACCUGGGUAGCCUUGUCUUUGAAGAGGUGGAUGACAAUGACAAGUAUGGUUUUAUCAUCACUGGAGUAGAUUCUGCACUGGGCGAGAGACUUCACUUUCAGCAGCCUGUUUUGUGUGAGGGUCACAUAGAGAACUGGCUGACCUCCUUCCUCAUGCAACUAAAGGCAGCUCUACAGAUGCAACUGGCUACUGCCAUGGGUGUUGAGAAGCCAAUGUCAAGAUCACAGGCCAGGGAGAAGGAGCGAGAGGCGAGUGGACAUUCCAAACCAGGUUCUUCACAAACCCGAAAAGAUGGCAAGAAUGGUAAACCAGCUAGUCGUGCAACCAGCAGGCAAAGUCUUCGUGCACAAGACACAACACUGGAGGCUCCGGAGGCAGUGAAGUAUUCAGAGCGAGACGAUGGUGGACGUUCUUGGACUCUGGAACAUGUUACUGAGAUUGUAUACCUGGCGACACAGAUCCAAAUGUCGCAGCAAAUUUCUGAAGCCAUAAGGGCUCUAGAAGCGGGAGAACGUCUAACACUGGAGAAAGCUCUAGGCAAGAUUGAAGCUGGAAUCCAGGGCACCAUUUUACUGUUGAAAGGCCUGGAGGGAGAACAUGAGCAGCGACUAAGCCGCGAGCGACUCAAGAUGACAGCACAGACCCAGAACACAGGGCACAAGCAGGAAUGGGACAUUUUGCAUGGAACUGGCAGCCUGACCUCCGAGCAUGGAGCGUCUUCUCAGGAUCUGGUAGGAGGUAACAUUCCAAGUCCCCAUGCAGAAAGUUACAGCACACCACAGCCAUUGGGCAGUGAUACAGCCGUCCCGAUGGACACCAUGAACAUCAGUCUUCCUGUGCUAAAAGAAUUGGGUGACACCAAGGACAGCAAUAAGCAUACAGCGGAAGAGGAGGGGGAUGUGCGACUCAUGUUGUUUCCCAGUCAGAUUCAAAAACUCACAGGCCUGCUAUCACUUCUGGCUCACCUGCGCGACCUUGUGCAGCGCCUGAUCCACAUAUCCAGCCAGAGGUCGCCUGCUGCCAGCUUCGACUGGAAGAGCCAACUGCUGUAUACAUUUGGCGAAGAAAGCCGCAGUGUGACCAUCUCGUGCAUGAACACAGAUUUGGAAUAUGGGUUUGAGUACCUUGGUUCAUCACCUCGAGAAGUCAUUACCCCUCUUACUGAGCGUGUUUUUGUAACCAUGACUCAGGCAGUGAGCGCUCAUACAGGUGUUCUGUGUGUGGGCCCUCAGGAGUGUGGCAAAUUUACCACAGUCAAAGAGCUGAGCUUUUGCUUAGGCCGUGCACUGUACAUUUUCAACUGCACCAGCUCAACCAACUAUUUGCAGUUGCAGGAUAUCUUCAGGGGUCUGGCUUCAACAGGUUGCUGGGUGUCGUUUAUUGACCUUGCGUUGCUACAGCUGCCUGUCAUGUCCGUCUUUGCCCAGUUGAUGGGCACAGUCAUGAAUGCUCUGUGUCAGCACAAAACUGCUGUCCAUCUAGAGUCAGAUGACAUCCAGCUCCACCCAUAUGGUGCCGUGUUUGGGCUCAUCAACUCAGCAGUCCCUGUCACUGCAUGCAACCCUGACCGCCAGCUGUUGUAUCCAUCAGCAGUCAGCAAACUGCCAGACAGCAUCCUGAAUCAGUUUCGGGUUGUGUCUUUGAUGACCUUGGACUUCCAACUUUCCUUGGAGGUUAUGCUCUUCAGCCAAGGGUUCAUACAUGGCCAUGAACUCGCAAGGAAAACCAAACAGCUCUACAGCAUGUGUCGCUGCAUGUUUGGGACCAACACUUUCAUAUCUGAUAAAGCAAUCCUUGGUGAGCAGCGUAGUGGCAGUUUCUAUGGCUGGAGUCUAGAGACACUGAAGGGAGUGUCAUCCGAAGCUGGAGCAAAUCUCACUGAGAUUCUUGGGGCCGAUGAAAAAGACUCCUCUGCAGACAAAAAAUUCUUGGAGGAAGCCUCUUUUGUCACUGCUCUGCGAGAUGCAUUUAUGCCCCGCAUGACCACAAGGGAUGCAAGUGUGUUUGCGACAGUCAUGCAGGACCUAUGGCCGGAUGUUGAUGUGCCCAUGGUGUUCAGUGGAGAGGAAGAAAAGAACGCAAGACUGCAGUUAAAGGCCUCACUGCAUACAAUAAAAUCAGAACUGCAAGUUAAGAAUGCUAAGAGUCUUCAGUCACAGUCCUUGAAAGAUUCCCUGAUGCUGAACACACCAGUGGUUCAGAUGGCUCAUGCUAGUAGCGAGCACUUUAGCACAGUGCUCGACAAUGCUGGUAAACAGGUCCUUGAGGACAUUCAAGAUGCCAUCGCUGUGGCAACAGCAGACCUUGCUCUUCUUCCAGGAGCAGCCUUUCAGGCUCGGGUGCUUCAGCUAGCUCAGCUUAACUGCAUCCACCAGACUAUACUUGUGGUAGGCCCACCAGGAUGCGGCAAGAGUGAGUGCAUCAAAACAUUUGCAGUAGCUGAGAGGGAGCGUGGGAAAACAAUCAACAUCCAGAGCAUCUUUACUAAAGCUGUUGAAUCACAGGAGUUGAUGGGGUUCAUUGACCCCAAGACAAAAGAGUGGAAGGAGGGCUUGCUUACCUCCUUAUUGCACAAGUUCUGUCUCCAGCCUGUCAACAUGAACUAUGACAUCAUGGCUAAACCCACCAUGAAAAUCAUGCAGCUGGAUGGUCAGUGUGAUGCUCACCAGAUGGAGCUGCUGUAUUCUGUUUUGAAUAAUAAUGGCACUGUGGUUCUGGCUAACAAUGAACGCCUGACCAUUCCCAAUACCCUGCGCUUCAUAUGGGAGAUGGAAAGUCUGGAGAUGAUGACACCUUCCAUGCUGGCCAGCGUUGGUGUGCUGGUCAUGAGUGAGAGUGACGUGGGCUGGAAACUCAUGCUGGUCCAGUGGCUGGAGCAUCGCAAUGAGGCCGACCGUGACCUAGUGACCUCUUUCUGCGAUGCUUACAUUGAGCGCAUUGUAGACUAUAUCACAGCCUGUACCCAACCGGCCAUGCUUGCAGGCAAGCCAAGUGACUCUGGGUAUCCCCGUUACACCCGCUGCAUCAACCAUUCCAUCAUCAAUAUGGUGCAUACCUUCAUAGUUCUGCUUGAAGCCCUGGUGAGUUCCUUCAAUGAUCUUAGUGACGUGGAGUAUGAGCGUUACUUCAGCUACGCUGCCGUGUGGGCUUUUGGUGGCUCACUGAAUGUGGAACACCGGGAGUCAUUCAGCAACUGGUGGAAGUCACAGUUUGAGCACCACAUUGACUACCCUGAGGACGGAACUGUCUUUGAUUAUGUGGUUGAUAACGAGACACAUAACUUCUGCAAGUGGUCGGACUUGGUACCAUCCUACACUGGCAGCCCACAUCAGGGAAUUCCCCAAGAUGCCUUUGUGCAUACUGUCCACACAGAGCAACUUCUGCACCUGUUGGGUGUGCUUACCGAUGCCGGAAGGCCUGUCAUGCUGGUUGGCGAGAAUGGCUGUGGAAAGACUGCAAUUGUUAAUGAGCGAAUUCGCACAGUGUGCUCAGGGGAGGUGGCAGAGGUGCUGUCCCUCACAGUCUAUGCCAACAGGUUCACAAAUGCCCGUUUGUUGUUUGAACGUCUUGAUGAGCGGCUAGAAUGGAAACAUGGUCGCACACACGUUCCCAAAGGAAACAAGCGUCUCCUUUGCCUGGUUGAUGACGUAAAUUUGUCACAGGUGGAUCAGUUCGGCCACCAGACAGCAUGUGAGCUGGUACGAGAACACCUGGAUGAUGGAGGCUUCUACAGCCCUGCAACACACACCUGGAGAUAUGUCAAGAAUGUGACCUACGUCACAACUAUCAACCCUUGGACCACUGCUGACACCCCGCGACCCAGCCAGCGCUUGCUGCGGCACUUUGCAAUUUUUGGCUGUCCCUAUCCAGGAGACAAGGAGCUGCAAACCAUAUUUACCACCCUCCUGACAACACAUUUUAUUACUCCGGAGAGUUCAGGUACCAGUGGUUCAUCAACUUCCAACACCUGGGAGUGCAUGAUGAGAAGGCCCGUAGUCGCAUGCAGGGAGAGGAGCCUGCGGCGUGUGAUCAGUUUGCUGGUGUGUGUGACUGUUGAAUUGCACAACCGUCUGCGCACAAUGUUUCUACCAACAGCACAGCGUUGCCACUACAUCUUCACUGCACGAGAUCUGUCCAACAUUUUCAGAAACAUUUGCUUGUCUCUGCAACCUGGCUGUGAAAAGCGAAACCUGCUGUUGCUGUGGCAACAUGAAUGCCACUGGAUUUAUGGGCGACGUAUGGUCAGCGACGUAGACAUCAACAGGUUUCGCCAGGCUUUGUUACAGCAGUGCGCAAGCAGUUUCAUUGAUGAUGACCAGAUUCAGACCAUCGUACGGCCACGGACGCCCUUUUUCUCCAACCUGAUGGAGCAGGACAGCGGAGUGGUGACAGCUGGCAUGAUUGAUGCUCGCACCAGUGCUAAUGUUACUGAAGAGGAUGCUCGCACAGACCUAUAUCGAUCUGUGCGCAACAUGAAAGAUGUGACUGUUCUGCUAGAAAAGGGCGUGGAAGAAUACAACAAAAUCCAUCCACGAAUAACCCUUGCACUGUACAAGAGUGUGGUGGAGCAAGUGUGUCGACUGUCCCGAACUAUUGCCUCACCACACGAAGGUGCAAACACGGUGCUUGUUGCUGAAGGGUGUCCAGGGCGCACCACAGUUCUGGCCAGGCUAGCAGCACACCUAUGUGGCUUUUUUGUGUUCUUGCCAAGCCCAAGUCCAACAUCUGGCACCUUGACUGCAAGAAUGGACCUGUUUAAGUCUGAUCUUGUGGCCGCCUACACUCGGGCAGGGACUAAGGGGGAAAAGCUGUUACUGUUGAUCCAUGAGGAGGAGUUGCUACAGGAGGAUCUUCUGGUGUUCCUCACAGAGUUUGUUGUGUCCUGCACUAUUUCUCCUCUCUUCACUUAUGAAGAACAGACCACUAUUAUCAAUUCUAUCCGCACGGAGGUUACACAGGCUGGCCUGACCUACACACGUGAUGUUGCUUGGAACUUCUUUCUGAGAACUGUGCGGAACAACUGUCGCCUUUGCCUCAUUGUGAGCAGCACAGAUGAGAAAUUUCAACGCCUGUGUCGCAAAUACCCUGCAUUCACCAAAAAUGUCAACUUCAUGUGGUUUUUGCACUGGUCCAAGACACAGUUGGUUGAGCAUGCACUCUAUCACCUCAAGGGUGUGAAGUGGAUGACAGAAGUGCAGCGCGAGAACAUGGCCCACAUGCUGGCCUCAAUGCACCUGGUGCUGCGACAGCAAGACGGUGGUGAGAAGACAGCUGGUGACUAUGGACAUGUGACCAACACCACGUAUGAAAAGUUUGUGGAAAGGUUUAUAUCACUGGCAAGUGAAAGGUACACAGAGAUAGAUCAAAGCCAUCAAGUGGUUACGACAACACUGGAGCAGAUCCGCCAUGAGAAUGAGCUUGCCGUUAAGCUGAAGAAGCAGUUAGAACACGAGAUGGUAGUUCUGGAGGAACGGAAGGCUGUGAGGUACAUCAAAAUCCUUUCUCAGAUUGGACAGGAUACGGCCAUCACUGAGCAGCAGAUCAGUGUUGUGAAGAAUCAGUUGGAAAAAAUUGAACACCUUGAAAAAGGUCUGCUAUGUCUCCUGCCGGAGUAUCAGGUGGCCCAUGAACGUGCUGUGUACAAAGCAAUAGCCAUUGUGGCUGACACCAAGAAAGUGGUCAAACUGAUGGACAAGGAUAAGCUUGCUGAGCUGCGAGGCAUGUCCAAGCCCUCCAUUGACAUUGAAGACUUAAUGGCUGCCAUCAUCAUGAUACGUCAUCAAAUCCCCUCAGCUGACCUGACCUGGCAGAAAGGUGCUAAGAGACAAAUGGCAAAUCUUGACAGAUUCAUUGAUGAGGAGUUGAUGACAUUUGACGACAUGCAGCUCCCUGAGACAACCUUGACAUUGGUGGAACCAUAUUUAAAAAAGCCAUCUUUUGAUCCCGACACUAUGGAGCAGAAAACUGGAAACUCAGCCUGCAGAUCUCUCUGUCAGUGGGUUCGUGGAGUUGUAAGGUAUCACCGCAUGAUGAUCAGCAAAGUGAAGCCUCUUCACCAGAAAGUAGAGGAGACAAUGCAGGCUGUCGACAGUGCUCAGCACAAGAUGAACACACUGGAGAGCAAACACAAGGCUCUAGAGACGCGACUGGCUGAUCUUGCACGAGGUUUUGAAGAGGCUACAAUUGACAAGAAUGAGCAGGAAGAGAAAACUGUAAAGAUGAGAAAGAUUCUGGACACAGCAGCACAGCUCCGUCGGAUUCUGAGAGGAGAACGACAGAGAUGUCAGCAGGUGUACGACUCGCAUGGACGGCGCCUGCUGGCCAUUCCUGGAGGCUGUGCAGUGGCUGCUGGAUUUGCAACAUACCUGGGGCCAUACCACCACAGCUUCCGUCGUGUCAUGCUAACUGUCCACUGGCCCAACUGUCUGAGGGAACGUGGCAUACCUUUGGUCAUUGACUCUGUGGACAUGCUGAAAGGUCGUGUGAUUGACUGGUCCAUCAACUUCCUGAAGACAGCUUCAGGGGCCAGCUCAACAUACGAUGUAGACUACACCUCCACCAUCCAGGACGAGCAAGAAACUGGUGAUGAAGAUGAGCCAGAAGACACAUCUUUCAGGCCAUCAUCUCCGUCAGGUAAAGAGCAGGGCAGGAGCCAGUCCACCAGCCAACCAGAGGAAAAGGAAGAUGGUGCUAGUAAGGGCCUUCAGGAGGAUAAGGACAAUGAAAUGGAAGAAACUGACACAGAAAAGAAAGAUCAAGAAAAACCUGUGGAAGAAGAUGCUACCAAGCUCUCUUCAGAUCCAGUAGUGAAAGAGGCAUCAUCGAAAACAGAAGCGCCAGCAACGCAAGACACAGAAAGAAGAGAACAGGAAGUUGUACCUGGUCAAAUCUCAGAAGAUGAGCCGGAGGAUUAUCCAGCAGACACAGAGUACUCAGAAAGUUCUGCGCCAGUUUUAACUUCCUCACAGUAUACCCGUUACAUGCGCAGCCUCAUCAAGCUGCUUGUUGGGGAGACAACAUUAAAUGAGUGGAUCAGAAAAGACUUCGGACCCCGCCAGAUAGAGAAUGCAGCAAUCUUGUGCACAUCUUGGCAACGGCCCCCAAUGAUGAUUGACCCCAAUGGUGAAGGAGGGGUGUGGCUAGGACGUUUGAACAAGCUUCUCAAUCGCAGGAAGCUGAUCUCUGUGGACAUGGAAAACAGAUGGACUGACCCUCACCUUAUAUUGACUCUGGAACAAGGCAUAACUAGGGGCAGGCCUGUCAUCCUGAAGAACUGCGAAGAAGUUAUCGACAAUUUUAUCACCCCUCUUAUUCACCAUCGAAACACCACCAGUGAAAAGGACAAAGAUGAAGAGCCACGCAUGAUCAUGUUCUGUGGUCGACGCAUCCUAUGCCAUCAGGAUUUCCGCUUUUAUCUGUCGACUGUACUACCUAAGCCUCGCUUCAGCCCAGCCAUAGCGUCCAUCACCACCCUCAUCAACUUUGAUGUCUCUCAUGACACACUGACUGAGGACCUGUUGUCCCGCCUUUUUGCCCGUAUAAGGCCAGACUUGUACCAAGAGUGGGUCCAUGGACUGCGCAACUUACAGCUGCUGAAAGAUACUUUGUUCCACUUUUCACAUAUUCUGAAGAGUCGUGUCUUGGCUUCUGGACGAUCUGGACAGGAGGGGCUGCUCAGCAGCCCAAAGUCUCUACAGUUUAUCACCAAUCUGACAGAGGCGCGCCUUCAGCUGGCUGAUGAACUGGACAAAACACAGACCAUCCUGAGUGACUUGGAAGUGCUGAAGGAUGAGCUAUACCCAGUGGCCCAGCGUGGCACACUCCUGUACGCCAUAAUGAGGUCCCUGUCCAGUAUCAAACAUGAAUACCAGUUCACUCUCAGCUUCUUCUUGCAACUCUUUGAUGAGGCAGCAGGUGGGCAACUCCCUGCAGAAUUUGGCCGUGAUGGCAAUGAGGAGGAGGGUUAUGAAGAAGAUGGGAGUGUGAGUGAAGGAAAAAAGAAACCUUUACGACCAGGCAGUGCUGGAUCUCAGCUCUCCACAGUUGACCCGACAGCUGGGAGAGAGAGCGGUGAGCAGCCAGAGAAGACAGAAGAAGAAGUAAAACAGCCAACACUGCUGGAGGGCACAGAAGGGGAGAGUACAAGCAUUAGUACGGGAGCUGCUCACAAAGUGGCGUAUGGCUCCGAGUCGGAGGAGCUGCCAACUGUUGAGCUGCCUGACACCAUCCAGCUGCCCACACCAGGGGUGGAGUAUGCGAGCUUGUCUGCCAACCGCAUCAAGCAGCUCAUGGACUCCAUCACCAGCCUGAUCUUCCACCGUCUCAUGCAGAGUUUGCUUGAAGAAGAUCAGCUGUUAUUGAGAACCCUUCUAUGUCUCAACAUCCAGUCUGAAGCAGGCGAAGACUUCUCAACAGAAGAGAUGUCUCUAUUUCUUCAGGGUAACCCAGGUCUAGGCAUGCAGCUUACCCUGUCAGACUUUGACAGCAAAGAUAGUCCCCCAACCUGGUUGUCACAGGAACAAUGGGAAGAUGUCAUGGCAUUAUCAGUUCUGCCUGGUCCCCUGGACUCUCUGUGCGUCAGUUUUGCAUCAGCAUCUCAGGCUUGGCAUCAGUGGUACACCACCCCAUACCCUGAACAGGAGCCUUUGCCACUGUCUGAGAGAGCAGGGCUAAAGGCCAUUGAAAAGGAAGAAGACAUCCAAGGAGCACAGACUGAGGGUACCACUAGUUCUCCUGACUUAGGUUCUCUGACUGACUUCCACCAGCUUUUGAUAUUACGCAUGCUGCGACCAGACCGCCUUCCCAGUGCCUUGGCACGCUACACUGAGAAACACCUUCGACUCAAUGAUCCUGCUGAAAACAGCAUGAGUAUAGCUGAGGUACUCCUGGGUGCAAGGUCACACCUGGGAGUCUUGUUGCUGCUUCCCUUGAGCACUGCUGUUGAGGACAUGGUGCCAGAGUCAAGACUUAAGCUGACAGACAACCCAGUGAAUGCGCUGCUAAAAGUUGCCAAGGACCUGAGUAUUACAGUGGAAAGAGUGAGCAUCGGUGAUGGUUGUGAAAUCCUUGUUGAGGAGGCUAUAGACACUGCAGACAAGAAUGAUGGGUGGGUGGUGAUUGAAGCACUGCACCUGGCUCACCCAUCUUUCUUCAUCUCUCUUCGACAGCUGCUGCAGCGAGUAGCCAAAAGCAGAGCCAACACAGUGGAGGGACGGUCAGAUGGAGGUCACUUCUGUGUGUGGCUCACAUGUGAGACAGACAGCAACAUCCCCAGACAGCUGACACAAAGCCUUCAUAAGGUGUCCUGGACACACAUCAUGUUUCUUGCUAAAAAUCAUCCUGCUGCACCCUCUCAGCGUUCAUCCAAGGGAGGAGUAGCCUGCCUGUCACCAAAAUAUUAUCUCCAUGAGGCCAUUGUGACAGCACUGCACCAGGUGCCCUUGGAGGUGUGGGAGGAGGUGGCCAGUAAAUCAACACUGAUCAAGAGUCUAUGCUUCGCCAUGGCCGUCAUCCAAGGAGCACUGAAUGCUCGCCAACUUUUUGGCAGUGCAGGAUUUACUCGGUGGUAUCCCUUUGGGUCUAUUCAGAUGAUCAACGCCAUCAGGUUUGUGACUGGCAAAGCACUACAGGCAACUGACAGAUCAGAGCCCAGUCUGGAUGAUCUCUGCCAUGCUGUUGGACAGGUGGGCAGGGCUGACAUACAGCUUGGAACUGAACGAAUCUCAGUUCCACCUGCCAAUGUUGCCCCUGCAUCAUAUGCUGAAUGGUUUGAAAAGACUGCACAUGAGACAAACACUCUUGGAGCUUUACAACUGAACUUUACCAAAGAACGUCAGGCAAAUGAUGCCAGUGCACACCGCUUCAUCCACAACCUCUACCACAUGCAUGAGACACAGAGUAUGGAAGCUGGAGAGGUUUCUGUGGCUUCAGCCAGGGACCUCGUGGAUCUCAACAAACUGCGGUCAGCGCUGGACUUAUGUUUGGAAAAACUACCAGGAAUGCUGGAACUGGGCCAGGUACCUCAGUUCCUGUCACAGGAGUACAGCUUUCCCUACCACCGUCCAUCAAUCAUCAGUAUGAGCUCUGCCUCCAGCAGUCUCAUGCCUGAGAGCAUUGGCUAUGUUCUCUUACAGGAAUGUCUUUGGAUGAACUCUCUGCUGUGCCACAUCCGACAACAGAUCUCAGAUUUGCAGACAUCUAUGGUAGGGGGUCGGAGUGCACUCCCUCAUCCCCUUAUGUCCACAGUGUACAGCCUGCAGGAGGAAAUGGUGCCCAUUGCUUGGACACACCCCAAUGGGCAGCCAUGUACACAUCCUCUGGUCUCCUGGCUGGAUGAUCUUAUGAAACGACAUCGACAAUUACAUGGAUGGGUCAGAAAGCAAAUGGUGCCCACCUUCGAUGAGAAUGGCUUUGAAACCAGCUCUUUCAUUGCUCGGGGUCAUUUGACAACUGUAUGGCUGGGAGGUCUUGUCAACCCCCAGGCUCUCCUGACAGCCAUUAAACAGGAGAAGGCUGUUCUUGUUGGCGCUGACAUAGACCAGAUUGACUUCCGAUGCGUUGUACUGAACAGCAAAGAUGUGAGUGAUUUUGACAUUGAUGAGGGAGGCCUCUUUCUCAAUGACAUAUUCCUGGAAGGUGCUGAUUGGAACUAUGACCUGGAUUGCCUGGCAACUUCAAAGUCGUCUUUGUUUCAACUUCCGUGCAUCUAUCUUUGCCCUAUUGUCAAGUCCAGUCAAGAUAAAAUCAACCAGAACCGGUCACUUGACCAGCAAGAGACAAACACUCAUGAUGGUACAUCCCUUGAUAAGGACAACAGCCAAGUCUUAGCCAAAAAGAGACACUUGUCUGAGGUAGACGAGAGAGAAGAAAGCCUAGUCGGUACCUAUAGGUGUCCUGUUUUCAUGAACAAGAGUCGCCAGAUACUGGUUUGUAAGCUGCCCAUCAACUGUCAAGGUCCAGCACAUGAAUGGACCCUGUCUGGUACAGCUUUUAUACUGGACAGAGGUCUGCCGGAGGGAGGUAGCAAGAAGUCUCGCUCUUACCUUCUGCUACAACGAUUCCCAUCCAUUCAGCAAGCAGAAGAAGAGGAAGAAGAAGAAACCAUUUCAGAAGAGGAUGACAGAGAUGAUGAUCUAUAUCCUGACGAAACCAGAGAACAACCAGAGACAAGCUCUGAGAUUUCGGUACGCUCAGAGCAGUCACAGCUGUCAUACAAGUCCAUGACACCACAGGCUCCACCUCUGCCUCCAGGUCUGGGACUCACACGAGAGCCGGCCAUGCUGAACGGCAAACAGAGGGUGUUAGAUGAUGGUGUUGUUGAGCCCCCACUGGUCAAGUCUCGUCCCACCUCAGCAGCCUCCAUGUCUCGCGUUCCUAAGCCACCAACAGAAGAGAGGAACAGAAGCGCUGAAUCCCAGAGUCACAACAAGCCUCCCUCAAGACCAAGAUCACAUGGGAGUCAUUCAGUAGAAGAACAGGAGGAACUAUGGGAGGAGAACGAAUCAAACAGACACAAAAUGCAACCUACAUAUCAAUCAGCAACAAUAGAUGUGGAAGCUUCUUUUGAAGAGACACCAGAAGAGGAGAAAAGGUCUGAUUAUUUCGUCACCAAUCAAGAGGUGACUGAUGAGGAACAGCAGGAAGAUGACGACAAAAGUCAAGACCGUGUGUCAGAGGAAUAUCACAGGGAGGAAGACUAUGUGUCAGAGGAAUACCAGGAAGAAGAGGAGAAGGAAAGAGAUGAGAUGGAGGAGGCCGAGAAAGAGCAGGAGACAGGAAGUGAGCCAUCUGAAAAAGGAACAGAAAGACUGGAGUUUCUGGAAAAAUCUGAAAGAAAAACUUCAGCUUCUGGUGAAGGUGUCAGCCAAUGGCACCCAACAGAUGAUCCAGCAGAUGAUGAACCCCUAUCCAGGCCAGAAGUGUCAUCCAGCCAUGAAGACAAUACUCAGCAAGGCAAAGAUUCUGAAACGGAAGAGCCAUCAGAGGUUCCAGAGUCCCCAACCUUUCUUGCACCUGGUGAAGACUCGCUGCCUGUAGAAUGAGGCAAAAAGUGUCCAUUGGCCAAGCAGCUAGACCAUCACUGAGUUAAUAGCCAGCUGUAGAGGUUGAACAUACUAAUGCACAAAGAACAUUAAUAAUAACAGAAGUACUGAUUAAUUAAAUUAAUCAUCACAUAGGCUGUGUUUUUCAGAAGAGUUUGAAAUUGUGUUGAGCUUUGGUUGACAGCAGUAAGGUUUGUUCUGACUUGAAACUUCGUGCUUCAAACAUGAGACAAAAAAAUGUGUGCAUGUAUGUGGAUGUUGUGUGGUAAACAAAUGUGAGAUAUACUGCAUGUGGGAGAAAGGAUUUAGAGCUGUGUUUAGUCAUAUCAAAUGUGAAAAUGAUCACUCCUUGUUCAAAUAUGCAAUGUGUGAUAAAAUAACAUAUAUGGGAAACAAUAUUCAGAUAUAUAUAUAGAGAGAGAGAGAUUGAGCAUACAUAUUGCUGCUGUGCUUUUCUCUCAAUGUGAUAUUGCUUGAUGAAGUUUGCAAACAUGUAAAACAAAAUCACAAUAUUUGCUUUGGAUUGGGAUAUCAGGAAUUUUUCAAGCUGUCUUUGGUCAGGAUUUUAUGCAAGAUACUUAUUCAUACUUCAUAUCAUGUUUUUGUAAUGCCUCCCCAUUGGGGUCUUCACAGAAACUGAAUGAAAUAUGUUUACUUUUCAAAUGUAUGACCGAAGGACACAAUGACCUGGACUAACACAAUUCAUAAAAUAUUAUUUUGAAUAAGGAUCUUUCCUUGCAUAAAAUAUUUAUAAAAUUGUGCAAAUGGAGUUUUUUCCCCAGCAGCAGAAUGCCUUCACAGAGGCAUUUAACUUUUCCCAUGAUUUGUCAUAUUCUUCCAUUGCAACCAGUUUAUCUUCUAUCGAAAUGAAACUUGUGUUUGUGUGUAUUGAAAAAAUAAAUUUUCUUACCGC